AAGUGGCAAAAGUUCCUCCUCCCACCUUUCCAAAGGUACCGACGUCGUCUUAUUUUUGACGCUAUCCCGGUGCUCCGAUCUGGCGAACUCCGGACGGUCUGGGUCGAAAACAAUCGUGAUCCCGCCGGAAUCGUGGAUGCAGAGCUCGAGAUCUGUCGAUUUACGGCACUUUUGGGCGAUCUCGGUUCAAUUUUCUGUCGUUUGAUUCUAUGGGGUUCCGGUUUUCUUGAAUCCGUGUGGCUUUUUCUUGCGGCAUUAGCCAAUCGAGGGAGAAUCAAUCGGAUUUUAGGGUUCUAGAUGAGAAAAGUGUCGAGUUCGGGGCGAUUUUAGGCUCCCCUGGUUUCCAUCCAAUCGCUUGAGAUGCAGAACGAGAGAGGCCGGAGAAAUGGGGCCUCUCGUCUGCUUUCAGAGGGACUGUUGGAUGGAUCCGUUUCCCCAUCUUCGUUAUCUUCAUCGCCGACUUCUUGUUAUUCGAGUGCUAAGUAUAUCGUGCACCAUGUUUCAAAGAUGGACACGCUUGCUGGCCUCGCGAUAAAGUAUGGUGUUGAGGUUGCAGAUGUAAAGCGAAUGAAUGGUUUGGCGACGGAUGGCCAGAUGUUUGCACACAAGACGCUGCGGAUUCCUUUGCCAGGUCGGCACCCCCCAUCUACCAUCCAUCUGAAUGGUUCAGCCAAUUAUAGAGAAAAAACUCUUGGUCGUCACCCUGGCAGAGAUAAUCUAGAUUCACUCCAAUCCCCGAAGUUGAUACCUCCUCAGCACAAGAUCUCCCCCGCCAUGAUCAGUCUGCAGGGAUAUUAUGGUCUGGAGCCCGCUAAAGGGGGUCCAGCUGUUGAAGAAACUGAAAUGUCCGUUUACAAAAUAAGUAGUACCCUUUAUUUUGAAGAUGAAUCCCAUAAAACCUCACCAGCUUCUGAUCCAGAAUACCUGAACCAACAUAGGAUGUCUGCAAGCCUAGGAAAUGGGUUCCCAUGGGAAAAUGUAAUAUCUGAAGGUGGGGAUGGUGGUGAUGAGAAAACAGAGAGUGAGAAGCCUGUCAGACGACGUCAAAAAGCUGAUGCCGAUCCACCUUUGCACACCCCAGACACAAUAAUGGAGGAUGGUGGAGGGAUAACAGGUAGAAUAGGAAAGAGUAUAGCUCCAAGAAUGAAAUCGGGAACACCAGUAGAUAUCGACUUAGCCCGACAGAAUGCCGUUUCAAGUGAAGACACUUCCACGGGCAAGCUUGCUGCCGCAAGGAAAUCAACAAGCACCUCAAAUUUGCAGGAGUCGGAUUCUGGCUCGACAUGGUCACCUUCCAAGUGGACUUCGAAAUCUGAUGCUAUUACAAGGCCAGUCUUUGGUGGCUUUCCAAAGCCAAUUGUUGCUUGGAAUAAAGCCGCUCUAGAUUAAUCAUGCUAGCUAUUAUAAUGUCUACUCCCUCCGUGUGUGUGUGUGUGUGUGUGACCAAUGUAAAGGUGUAUCAUCAAGAUUUAGUCAUAUGUAAUAUUUAUAUGUAAAGCUAAACUCGCGUAUCAUCAAGAUUCAGUCAUAUGUAAUAUUUAUGAGAGAAGGAAAUAUUUACCAAAAAAACAGAA